AUGGCACUAUCUCUGCGUAGGAUGAAUUUCUUGCCCCCGUCUGUUCAGAGCAUGCCAAAAUGCUCUUUAGGCUGCGCCACCAUGCAUAAACUCUUUCUUAACCCUAGCCAUGGUGUUAGAGCCGUUUCUCGAAUAACUACUACUUCGGCGGCCAAGUUUUACCGUUGUAGAACAAUGAUAUGCAAUUGGGUUGGCAUUAACUUGUGCGCUCUGCUAAUACUUUUGAAUUGGGCCGGUGGGGUUGAGGGUAUAGCCUAUAGCAGGGAUGCGGCAAUUGUAGCGCUACAAUCAAUUGGAUUUGUAUGGAAGUUUGAUGUGCCAAAUAUACAGAUUGUAUUCUACUCGCCUCAGCAGCUAUCAAGGCUCCAUUUCAAUCCAAACACUAACUCAAAACUAGCUCGAUCCCGAUUGAAACAAGAGAAUAUGCCUGAAUAUGCAGUAGAUUGUUUAGAUAAAAGCAUUUGUUUUAAACUGCGUGACUAUCCAAAUGCCGAUAUCGCCAUGUACGUUUUAAAUGAACUAAGAAGGAUCGCAGUAAUUAAGGUCAAUACUGUUAUUAUUAAGAAUAUCAGCAUCAGCCCACGCUGCCAACAAACGACCCUACUAAUUUUAUGCCGACUGGCUAACAUGUUUGAGUGCAAAGAGUUACAGUUUCAUUUUGAUGACCUUAGUCCAAUAUAUAAAUGCAUGGCUCCCCCCGAUCGGACCAGAUGCCGGGAAGAGGCACAAAACACACUUAAGCAUGCCGGCAAUGUAGCAAUAAGCCUGAAACUCCUUUCUCUUUUGCCACCGGGCGUGGCUCUAGAGAAUCUGCUUGUUAACUUGGCUGUAAUGCGGCAUGUCGUAAACAUCACAUUUAGUGCCAACCUUGUCCCUAAGAUUGCUACCUACCUAUCCCACUUUGCAUUAGUAGACGAUUUCUCCCUCAUACUUGUGUACCAAAGAGACGAUAUUGUCAUUGAUUUGGUCAUGCUUCGGCAAGUUUCUCAUAAGUGCGCCAAUCUUAUCUUUGAUAUUCGCUAUUGCCUCUGUCCAACAAUAAAGGGUCUUGAGAAGGGGCUUGGCACUAGCCAAACUACAACUCUAAUUGGUGAAUGGUCCGGUAUUCAGUAUCUUGUAAAAAACAACCCAACAGCAAUCAGAGUUCAUAUUAUUUCCAAUCCACACAAUAACACACACUGGGACCAUCACAUGCACGACGCCCACAAAAUCCAAACCCGGCCCGCAUCUCGUGUUUAUGCCCUCAAGGUUGAUUAUAGAAUCUUUCCUAAUCAUGUGUGCAGGUCGCUGUCUUACUACGAUCAAUUGUUUACUCCGGACUCUUUUGCCAAAUAUGGCAUCUCGGUUCGCGUUGUACAUGCCAGUUAUGUUGGUGUCCGAUGUGACCUGCAUACGGGGCUACACGAGCUUUGCGAGAUCGGGGCUUUAGACAGAAUGCCAGCAGAUAUCAAAAAUAGAAAGGUUGUGUGCCUUGGUGAUGCACUUAACAAUCCAAAUUGGACACUCCAAGAGCCUGUUAUCAUCCGACUGUUCUGCUACUUUCCCCGGGAUACUUCUAAAUUCUUCUGCCAGCAUAUACGCUACACGGCCAUUAUGAUUACUGGAGACGGAACUCCUUACCUGGGCCAAGUGAAAGACUGCAAUGGGCUUUUAGAUCGACUAAUGAACAUCAAAGCCCAAAAACUCUACAUUUCGUACAUUCACGAUGAUAUGCCAACUACCACCACCUUCGACCCGGACAGGCUACAAGCUGAGUUGGACAAAUACCCCAAGUACCGCCUCACUCUUCAGACUUUAUUCUUAGACGACGUAGACGAGCGCAUUAUCUAUCGCAUGCUAGGUCGCUAUGAUUUUACCGGCCCAACUGAAAUACAUCUUUUAAACCAACGCUUUACCAAUCUUGCCGUUACCAAAAUACUAGCUCUUCCUGUAUUUGCAACCGUCUCCAAACUUGUAAUCAAUACUCUGCUGGGCUUAAAUGAGGUUAAGUAUUUCCACCAGCAAAAGACACUCAAGGACUUCUCACUGUUUAAUUAUAUAGAUGAUCAUAAGGGACAGAAAUCAGUUGAAGAACUUGGACUGUCCAAACUGUUUCUGUUACCGGGCAGAAUAGCGUUUGGCUCGUUAAGAGAAGCUCUACAUGCCUUCAUGGCUCUAGGCAUUCAAGUCCUGCCCACUCUCGUUAAAAAUUACAGCCUAGGGAUAGACUACACCUACCAUCCUCAUGUAGCACGCAUGAAAGAGUUGGCUUAUUGUGAAAUUGCACUUGAGACCCUAAAAGCCGAUCUCACUAAUUACCAGGCCAGAUUCUCUAGUCCGACAAACUUGCCUCCAUCUCCGGCUUCAAUCCAAUACGAAUGGGCGACGGAAUUGCUCUUGUACAUCAAUGGCAACCAGUUCUUAACUGCAGCAGACUUAGUGACUAUUAUUCACUGGAUAGCCGGCCAAUUUAAGAAUAUAACUACUUUAUGGCUGGCUAACGUUAAGUGGACAAAAGAAGAGAGAACUGCAAUAGCUUCGCACGAAUAUAUGAUUAGAGAUCUGCCUUAUCUUCAGUCCAUCCAAAUUGAGGAUACUACUCCUAAUGCAGACCCGAUCUGUCUGGCAUUACAGCCAUAUUGGGCUAACUUAAUAACAAUUGGCCCAUCUCCCGAGCCCACCUUCACCGCUGUCUCAUACAAAAUACUAUCUCUUCUCUACACCUACUGUAACAAUAUUCAAAAACUUAUCCCCAACUAUGAUAACUCGAAUGCGUCUCUUCAAAUGAUUAUAAAGGAUCUCAAACUAAUGAAAGCCUGUGAAAGUAUACCUAAAUGCCGGCGUUGUAACAAAGCCCUUUACCGGCCACAAGUGAAUAUGGCCAAAAACGAGCUAAGCAUCAAGAAACACAUCCCUAACUCCAGCCCAGAGGAAAACAUUACAGUGCUUUGCUACUUCUGCUGCGGACAUCCAUUCUGUAUUGAUUGUACUCUUGCCGCCCAAACCUUUAAGUCCUUGUCCUUUAAGACUCUAGCCACUAAGAUAACAAAUGAGACUGUUCUAACAUGUCCUUAUUGCCAUCAACUAUGUGUAUUAGAGAGGUUUAAUCAACUUAUAAGUAUUUCUUCAUCUACCUUUGUUGUUCCUGAUAGCAGCAACGAUGGCUUUGCUAUUGACCCCAAAUGGCUCAUCAACACAACGGGAGAGAGCGGCCAAUACUAUUUUUACACGACCUACCAAGACAUGGCUGAUUUAAUGAACAAUCUUAAGAACUAA